CAAGUAUAUCUUCUUAUCCUUGCAUGUCUAUCCCAUUUCCACCAAGUUUCGCCAAAAAAAGGAAGGUGUUCUAUAUAUUGGGUAGGUUGAAUCCAAUUUGGAAAGCUUUGAAUUUUAAGAUUCAUUUCUAUAUAUUCAUUUGAUCCCAGCCUAGCUACAGCUAAGCAGCUGGUUUUGCCUCUUCUUCUUCUUCUUCUUCUUCUUCACUUUAAAACAGCGUCUGGUUUAGGCGCCGUAAUUACAUUCAUCAAUCUCUGCCUCUGGGUAUUGAUGGUUAUGGACUUAAGUUUUAGUCCCUUACGCUCCACUGCUUCCUUAGAUCUUAAUGUCAAUCCUGAUCUGAGAGAAGAUGAACUAGUAGUUCCGCCGAAGGAAUAUCUGGAAAGCGCUGAAUUCAUGGAGCUUCAGAGAAAGCUUUCGGAGAAGCCCAAUCAUCAUGAUGAGAGAGGUGAAUUGAUGGAGGAAAUGGACCGGCUGAGCACAGAAAACAAAGAGCUUAGCCAGAUGAUAACAGUGAUGUGCGAGAACUACAACUCUUUGAGAAAACAAAUGGUGGAUUUCGUGAAUGAAAAGAAAAGAAAAUCUGAUCAAAGUUCCACCCAGAGCAGUUCUACCGACGAUAAUGGAUCCUGGAACAAAAGACUUAAAGAGGACGAUCCAGGUGCUAUCAAGGAGCCAAAGAUUUCAACAGUUUAUGUCAAGACUCACCCUUUUGAUACCAGCCUUAUUGUGAAAGACGGGUAUCUAUGGAGGAAAUAUGGCCAGAAAGUUACCAGAGAUAACCCUUCUCCUCGAGCUUACUACAAAUGCGCUCUUGCUCCAAGCUGUCCCGUAAAAAAGAAGGUGCAAAGAAGCAUUGAGGAUCAAUCGGUGAUUGUGGCAACUUAUGAAGGGGAACACACACAUCCAAUGGAGGCAACACCGAGCUCCAAUGUGCGGAGUGGGAGCGCUGGAUCAGCUGGUAAGCAAGGUGGACGAACCAUGACAAUGGACUUGACAAGAUCAACGACGAGCAGAUUAAACAAAGGGAUGUUGGGGAGGACAAUGGAUGAGACGCCGCAGCAACUGCAACAAAUGUUGGUGGACCAUAUGGCUUCUUCCUUGACCAAUGAUCCCAAGUUCACAGCAGCCAUUGCAGCAGCUUUUUCUGAGAAUAUGCAUGAAGGGAUCAAUAUAAAUCCUCCUCAUUAAAAAUGCUGAACCAAUUAUAUAUCUAAUGUACUAUAAUAUUUAGAUAUACACAGAGAGAGAGAGAAAAGAAGAGAGACGUAGAUAGAGAAGGAAAUUAGUGAGGAUUCUCUUGUUCAUUCUUUUA